GCUUGCAAAGCGCACGGGAGGUGUCCAGAGGGAUCAGCGCACGGGAGCAACCAAAUGCCCCCGUUGGAGAGUCUGCUCUGCUUUCAAGGCUGCAUGAGGCUCCCAGUCCCGCCAAGACCCGCGUCCGCUUGCCAAGCUUGGAUCUUCUCCAGCGUGCCUGGAGCAACUGAGAUCAGGGUGCCUGCAAAGGUUAAGUGGCCGGGGACUUCGGAGGCGUCACAUUCAAAGCGCUGCUGGAAGCCGAGCCUCCGCGCAGCGCAACUGCAAGCCGAUUUGCUCGGACUUGCUUGCGGGGCAGAGGAGAGCGGAACUUUCUGAACUGCCGAGAGCUAUGGAAACGACUCUCCCCGCCAGCACUAUGUCCCUCAUGCCGAGCACAAACGGCAGCUCCGGCAACACAUCCACCGUUUCGGAAGAGAGCUGGAUGGUGGGCCUGGGAAUCGUCAUGUCCCUGCUUGUGCUGGCCAUCGUCUUUGGCAACGUGCUGGUGAUCACUGCCAUCGCCAGAUUCCAGAGGCUGCAGACGGUUACCAACUACUUCAUCACUUCCCUGGCUUGUGCGGACCUCCUGAUGGGGCUGGCGGUGGUCCCUUUCGGUGCCAGCCACAUAAUCGAGCGCACGUGGAAGUUCGGAAUCUUCUGGUGCGAGUUUUGGACCUCAAUCGACGUGUUGUGCGUCACAGCCAGCAUUGAGACUCUCUGCGUCAUUGCCGUGGACAGGUACUUUGCCAUCACUUCCCCCUUCAAGUAUCAAAGCCUCUUGACCAAGAAUAAAGCCAGGAUGGUCAUCCUGUUAGUCUGGAUCAUUUCUAUCCUGACAUCUUUCUUGCCUAUCCAUAUGCAUUGGUACAGAGCCACCGAUGACAAGGCCCGUGAGUGCUACAGUAAUGAGACCUGCUGUGACUUCUUCACCAACCAUGGCUAUGCCAUCAUUUCUUCCAUCAUCUCCUUCUACCUACCUUUGGUGGUCAUGAUUUUUGUCUAUGCCAGGGUCUUCCAGGUUGCCCGAAAGCAGCUAAAGAAGAUAGACCGAUGCGAAGGGCGGUUCCAUCAGCAAAAUUCUCAGCAGGAGCAGAAUGCGGGAAGGGCAGGUCACCGGAAAACAUCCAAGUUUUGCUUGAAGGAGCACAAAGCUCUAAAAACCCUGGGCAUUAUUAUGGGUGUCUUCACAUUGUGUUGGCUCCCCUUCUUCAUCAUCAACAUUGUAUAUGUAAUCUACGGAAAUUUCAUUCCCAAAUCUGUGUACAUCUCUUUGAACUGGGUGGGAUAUGCCAAUUCUUUCUUCAACCCCUUAAUCUAUUGCCGAAGUCCAGACUUCAGGUAUGCUUUUCAGGAGAUCCUCUGCAUCCGGAAGUCUGCCUUGAAAAUGUACGCCAAUGGAUAUUCUAACAGCAAUGGGAAGAGUGACUUUAAUGGGGAUCACAAUGGCUAUCAUAUGGGACAAGAGAAGGCUAGCAAAUUGCUCUGUGAAGAAGGAGACGCCCCUACUGGGGAAGAGUGUGUGCAUUGUAAAGGUAUUGUGCCGCAUGGGAUAAGCAAACAUAAGAACACCCCUGCUGGAUCUUCCCAUCUAGUCCAGCAUCCUGUUUCACACAGUGGCCCACCAGAUGCCUCGGAGAAGCCCACAGGAAAGAGCCGAGGGCACACCCUCUCUCUUGCUGUUGCUCCCCUGCAACUGGAAUUCAAAGGCCUCUGAGGCUGGAGAGAGAACCAAGAGGAUAAAUAUGAGAUUCCUGGUUGCCCUGGAAUGGUUGAAAGCUGAAUGUGCUAAGCACCCCUCCUCACCAUUUGCAACUCUCAGAAGCUUGUGAAGAGACAAGUUCACGCUGAGCCACACUUCUGUCACUGAAUGGGGAACUACUGCUCUUUCCCUACAUAGCUCCUCAUGGAGUGCUGAAGGAAAGGGCAACUUGUAAGCCAAGAGCUCAGACUGUGAAAUGCAGGGAAUCUGCAGUGAAUGAACCAUUUUGAGCAUCCAGUUGUGAAAAAUCAAAUCAGUUGUUCUGCAGCACUACUGCUUUAGUCUGGAUUGGCGGAGCCUGCGCAGUGCAAUGACGAAAGGUAUUCUUGGAGCUGAACAAUAUGGGUUUCUAGAAACAGGAAAAAGAGAGAGCACAGUAUUUCUCAUCUAUUUCUUCACAGGACAUAUCCUCAAAGAACUCAAACCUUUGUGAAUACAUUUCCCCAUGUUGUUGUUAGCCCACUUGUGGAAGGGACACCAAACAUGAGGCUUCCUGGUGAAGCGAGUGGAUUGCUAGGAUCAUGACUGGAUUUCUACACAGCCAUGCAGUUCAAUUGUGAAAAGAAUCUUGGAAGUAAUGAACUGAAAAGCACCAUUAAAAAGUAAUUGGUUCACACUGCACUUUCUAGGCUAGUCUCUGUUGCUGCAAGCAUUUAAAGGUAAAGUGUGCCAUCAAGUCGGUGUCGACUCCUGGCGCCCACAGAGCCCUGUCGUUGUCUUUGGUAGAACAGAGGAGGGGUUUACCGUUGCCUCCUCCUGUACAGUAUGAGAUGAUGCCUUUCAGCAUCUUCCUAUAUCGCUGCUGCCCAAUAUAGUGCCAGCGGGGAUUCAAACCGACAACCUUCUGCUUGAUAGUCAAGUAUUUUCCCACUGUGCCACUUAAGGUAGCCUUUAGUCACUUCUUUUUCUAAGCAAACACCCCAAGAGUCAUAUGGUGCUGCACAGAUGGAAGUGAAUUAUUGCCCUCCACAGGAUUUAAGAAAUUUGUUCAAAUUUUACCAUAGGCUCUCCACUUCAGACAGUUCUCAGUGAUACUGAUUUUGGCUGAGGACUGCAAGUGCCCAAGAUUGAAAGGCAACUACUGUGUUUUGUUUUAUUAACUUCUAAGCUCCCAAACACCUCUCAAAUAAAUUUCUGGAUCCUAGGUUUGCACUCCUGAGUCUAGAACUCUCAUAGGAUGCCUGAAUCCUUCAUUUGGUUUAUUGCAAGGUCUGGACUUCACUGUUCAACUCACUCCAGUUGCGGCUGCUGGAUAAUGCCCUAUGUUAAUAAGACUGUAGGGAGGCCAUUUUUGAUCACCCUCGGUCUUUGUCAGAAGUGGAAACAGGCUGUAUGAAGCACCCAGAGGGGGCAGAGAGGUGGGGAAAAGAAUCCUAUGAGGAGUCUGAAAUGAAGAUCUGGCUAUAUAAAGGAAUAGGGGAGAAUCUUUAGAAUUUUAUUUUAUAACUAAGUUCAGUUCCCCAUGAAUUAAGAACCCUAGAGUAUGAAAAUGUUUUCAAAUGCAAUCUUUUUCAGUCUAGAAGGCCACACUCAGCUUUAAAGUGCAGAGGGAAAUGCUAGUGGUUCAUAAUAUUAAGGGCUUUGUCCCAGAAGAUUUAGAGGAUGCCUGGAGCUGUCCAUAAAAUCAGUGUCUAUCUAUGUAAUAUGCCCUCCCUUCUGCAAGGAGCUCAGAAUGGCCAAGCAUCAAAAGGCCUUUCAACCUUCCGCUGUGUGGCUAAAGAGGAGAGACCUGUGCUAUAAACUGCAGGAAGGAGAUCCAUCUGCAGAGAAGCUGGUGUGGCUUGCCUUUGGGGAUGACAAAUGAUUGUAUGGCUGUUGGCUCUCAUGGACUGUGCAAGGAGGAACCUCUACUGGUCAGGCUGCAUUUAGCAACUGGAGCCCUAAGUAUCAUGUUGGGGGAAGGGAAGGAGGAAGGGAUUCAAGCCUCUACCGAGAACAUUUGCUGUGAAGUCAAGACACACUGGGCUUCCAUCUGUGCUGCUGUGUAGUUGUGACAUGUAUUUAUUUAUUUAUUGUAUGAUGGUGUAAGAGAAGAUGGCAGGAUAUCUUUGUCUAGCUUCCUAACCUUCAUUUCUAAGGGGAAGACAGUGAUAAAUCUCACAGUGUAAUGGGCCACUGGCUCCACCAAAAUAAAAUUUAAUGCAUUACAACGACCGACUUCUGUACAGAAAUAUUAGAGCAUAACUGGGUAGGCCCAGGAAAGGGACCACAGGAGGACAUUUCCAUAUACUGUAUUUGUUAGCAGUCUCCCUGCUAUGUAUUCUCUCUCUGCACUGCCAUGGGUUGUGUGAAAAACAAAUCUGAUUUAAUGCUGAGCAGUCCAUUACAUGCCGUCAUUGUGUACUGUCUGGAGGCCUUAGUAGAUAUAAACCAGCCUAGCUUCACUGUAGUCAUGAUGUUUAAUCUAUGCAUAUUUCUCCACCUGAUGAACUCCACUAUGGCUUGCAGUCGUAAGUUGUAGGCCUGCUGCAAACUAGCUGUGUAGGCAAAUAGUGCAGCUAAACAGUUUUUGUCAGCUACUGAUACUUAAGCAUUGUCCAUUAGGACCAGACUAGACAUAACAUGGAAGAUCUGCAAUGAGGAUCCUCUACUUUUAAAAACAAAUUAGUGUGCGUGUGUGGGGUGGGGGUGGUGGGGGUGGAUGUGUGCAGUGUCCACUGUCAGGAGCCUAAGAAGGCACCUUAGUGGGGAAAGACUGGCAGCUGACAGACAGGUCAGACUGGAGGUGCUGCAGGAUCUUAACUAACAGCAAGCAGACAUUUUGCCCUGAUGUAGCUCAGCUGAGCCUUUAGGUGUUCCCUUGAGUCUGACUAUUCCUCCCAGGCUCCACCCACUUCCUGAGGAGUGGCACAUCUUAAAGGAGUAAACUCCUCACCUGGAGCCCCUAGCACUCUUUUGUUAACUCCUCCUUGGCACAGCGCCUACAGGGGCAAACAGACACUGCAGGGUGUGGGAGUGCCAGUGUGGAGGUGGCCAGGCUCAGAGGGGAUCAGGUUGGAGAGAGGCUGCGUCUGAGGGUCCUGGUUGGGGAGUCUCUGAUUCAAGGGACUUGACACUGACAGGCUGAGGCUCCGUGUUGGGGCCCAACUCCAGUGUCUCUGCAGCUAGUGCUGCAGGCCUUCCUGGCUGGAUUAGACCUCCUUCCUUUAUAUUGGAACCAGGGGUGUAGCUAUAAUUGAGUGUAUGGAUUUAAAGAACAUGCCCCCCCCCGCUCCUGAGGGCCCCCUAGCUCCACCCCAACCUAUUUUCUUCAUUAUCUCCUUCACUCCCAGGGGCCGCUGGAGAGAGGGGUGAGCACGGGCCCCCUCUCCCCUACCUCUGCCCCUGAUUGGAGCCCUGGUUCCCUCUCGAGACUGGAGUCAUGACAGUGUGGUUUCUUUGGAGACGGCAAGGCUGUCCCCCAGCUGCAGCCUGGGUGGAUAUGUAUGUUUCCCCCCAUGAAGCAAAUAGCAGCAUUGAGGGUGGGUGUGUGGAUUUAAAUUGGGGAAAUGGCAGAGGAGAAAGGGGCUAAAAACAAAAACAAAGCACCCUUCCAUUGUGCGGCAAUCUUGAUCUGAAUUGUUUCCGUUUUUUAAAAAAAGCAUUCACAGAUCUCCUGUGUCAAGUCUUUGACCUGUACUAUUUUUUUUUUUAAUGGAAACACGAUGACUGAACAGAACAUCAUCCUUUCCAGUGAAUUGUCCAUAAUUUUUAUACUACAAAAUUAGAAUAAUUAUAGGUUAAAUGCAGAGUAAUUUUGACUGAAAUAAAAGAAUUGAUUCAGAUAAGUGACAAAUUAUGGAUUUAUGUCAGCAAGAUUGGAGGUUAUCUUGGAUGUAAAGAAUAGCAUGGGUUUUCGGGAGCCCGUUUUCCCCACCAUCCUCACAAAACAAGACUUGCAUAACAAGACAGCCAUGUUUGGAUCCUGCUAUUCUUAAUCUUCAGAAAGUGAUCUUGCUUUUCACUUAACUGUGAUAGUGAUUGAUACCUUUGCCAUAUCUCAUCCUUGUGAACCCAUCAAAUAAGUUUCAGUAAUAGAUCCAUGCUGCAGCUAUCAAGUUGAACUUGCAUAACUAAAGAAUGCAGGAAGUCAGUCAGUUGAUUGUUGCAGAUAAUAAAAUGAAUCCCUUGUCUGCUGCUUUUUGGUGAUGGCUACUAAUCUGAUAAAUGUUCAGUGGUCCAUGAUGUAAUAAAAAUGCAGAUGUU